AUGACUCACUCUCGUCCACGUAUCGGAGGCGCGAGAAAGCCUAUACCUCAAGCUGGCGUUCGCAAGCCCAGUCCUCGAGCAAAACCAGUCGUAGAUAAGACGGCUACACGGCCUACGACCUGUGCCUACGCAUGGCAAGCUGCAGUUGUACUGAAGGAUGAGGAAUCGGAGGAAUCUGAUUCCUCCAGUGAAUCAGAAUCCGAUUCCUCCGAUUCCUCCGAUUCAUCAGAGGAUUUGAGUCCCAUCCACCGUGGAGCGAGACCGAAGGCGUCCGUUGCCCAUCCUAAGCUCAAACCAAGCGCCCUCCCCGCUCCCGCUGCCCCAGCCCACACAGAAUCCGAAAUCGAAAACCUCAUGAUUAUUGGCCGUGAGCAAGUUGAAAAAAAAUUGAAGGAUCGCAUCAACGAAGAGAAGGACAAGAACCGCCUGCUUGAGAAGCAGAUGACUACGUUCGAAAACUACAAGAAGUACCUUGCAAAGCUGAAAGACCUAGAGGAGGAGCUGACCAAGCUGAAGGAGGAGAGUAGCUUGAAUGCGACCAUAGUGUCGGACCUCGCGGAGGACUUCCGUAAGAGCACGAUGGAGUGGGCUGCGCUGUUUGAGAAGUACGCGGGGGACUUGGGAAUCUCGGUUUUUGACAUUCGUAGAUUGGCUGAUGCGUGGUGA